AUGUCUUCAACAGGAGGCGGAUGGGCGCAACUGCGCCAACAAGCGCGCACACUCGAGCAGCAAACAGAGACACUAUUCCACACGUAUUCACAGUUCGGAGCGACCCCAAAUAUACCCGCGAAACCAUCAGAGGAGGAGCUACGGGUAGAGACACGACUCAACGAAGUGCUCGAACAGAGAGAUGGCCUCGUUGGUCAACUAUCACGACUUCUGGACUCCGAGUCCACACAUGGCUCUUCCGCAGUGAAGCAAAACAACCUUGCAAGACAUCGUGAAGUACUUGCAGACCACCGACGCGAACUUGCCCGCCUCAAGUCAACCAUAACCGAUGCACGCAAUCGAGCGAAUCUGCUUUCCAAUGUCCGAUCAGACAUCAACGCAUACCGAUCCGCGAACCCAGCUCAGGCGGAAGCAGACUACAUGCUGGAUGAACGACGGCGCAUUGAUAACACACACAAUGUUACAGACUCAGUGCUCAGCCAGGCCUAUGCUGUGCAAGAGAACUUUAGCGUGCAACGGGAGACACUGGCGAACAUCAACAGAAGGAUCGUAGGCGCAGCAAGCCAGGUGCCGGGCAUCAACAGCCUCAUGGGCCGAAUCGGGUCCAAGAAGAGAAGGGAUGGAAUCAUUCUAGCAAGCUUCAUCGCCUUCUGCUUCCUCAUGCUGCUAUGGUUCAGAUGA